AUGUCCCUUCACAUAGUUUGGCCUUUAGUUGCGGCGCUUGCAAGUUCUUCUGCAUGGACGAGCUACGCGUCCCCCUCGCCGACGUUAGACGUGGAGUCGACGCUCAGCCGUGAAGAAACCUCUGCGUCUUCUGCGUUUCGGACCGUCUCGGGCAUCUCGGAGUCCCUUCUCCCCCCCACGCCGUCCGAAACGGGCACCGUCACCCUAUCCUAUGAGCAGACUGCUCAAGUCGACCCCUGUACUGGGGGGCAUUGUAGUAAUUCCACGGCAGUAGUCGCCGGCGUUUGCAGCGGCAUCGCCGUCGCCUUCUUGCUUUUGUUGUCCACGCUCAUUGUGAUCUACUGCCGCCGCAAAAAGAGAGGUGCCCGCCUCGCCGCGGAGAGCAACUCGCAUGAAGGCAGAACCCGCAGAGUGGGGAAUGAGUUCAACCCCUUACAUGGCGAGAAUAAGGAGGUUGCAAUUAGGACGAGCACGGCAUCCAACUGCGAAUCUUCCACGCCCAGGGUGGGGGGGUGGAGUGUGACGGAGGAAGAAGCCGUGCGUCGCGAAAGGGAGCUGCAGAAGCAAGCCCUGCAACGCGAAAGAGAGCUGCAGAAGCAAGCCCUGCAACGCGAAAGGGAGCAGGCGGAGCAGGCGUGGCGGCGAAAAAAGGAGUUGGAGGCCCGCCAAAGCAUCAACAUGCAUCAAAGACGCAACCUCGCCCCGGAUGCGGCCCUUCGCUUACACGCUCUGCGGCACAGGGAAACUGCGGAUGCAGUGUUUGGUCCUUUUCUGGACUCCGACUGCGAUUGA